GUAUAGACAUAAUCGUGUUAAUAGCUCGUAUGUGAAUGAAUGAAUAUAUAAUUUUGUAUAAGAAUUAAAUGUUAACAAAAGUGAAGCAAUAAUCAUUGAUAUUUGAUUCACAUAUAAAUAUUGUUUUUAAAUAUUAAUCUAUGUCCAAUGAGGAGCGUCUUCGAAAAUUAUUAUCUGAUUUAGGAAAGGCAACUUUACGUGGUGUGAGAAAGUGUCCAAAAUGUGGAACAUAUAACGGUUCUCGAGGAUUGUGUUGUAAAAAUAAAUAUUGUGAUGCGGUAUUUAAAGAACCAGGAGAAAAACGAAAAUUAUCUACGGAAGCUUGUAAAUUAAUAACCGGUUCGACUGCGCAAGUGUUCUCUGUUCGAGUGAGAGACAAAGGUCCUGAUUAUCGAGGUUUUGUACAAUUGCCAUUAAUAAAUGCAACAAUUUCUAACGACAUUACAACAUUAAUUUCACAAACAACCGCUCUAUGUUUUGUGGAUACUUGCGAGAGAAGUUUUGAUACCAGUGUCCUUAAAUGUCAUGAGAAAGAUUCAUCUGAUUUAUCCGUAUCAACGUGUCAACAUAUCCAAGCUGCAUUAAGAUGUUAUGCUGAGGCUCAACCAUUGACCCUAAGAAAUUCUAUUUUAUCAUCUUUAAAUGUAAACAAUGAAAUGAAACAAGAAAUUUGGUUAUUAGCUACAGAAACCUCUGGUCCAUUGGUACAAAGAGUUUCUAAAAAUAUAAUGGCUGUAAAAUGUAAAGCUUCGCCAAAACAUCCUUUAGGAUAUCUUCAUUUUUCUUUCUUUGUUACUAAAUUGAAAGAUAGAGUAGAACAUCGUUCUUUCUGUAGUUGUACUGCAUUUAAGGGUACAGCAAAAUCAAUUGGAGAUAAGAUAGAAACAAUGCAUUUUUUGCAAGCAAAGCGCUGUGUACAUUUUUAUGCAUGUAUAUGUGCCUUUGCUAGUGAUCCUAAAUUGUCGGAAGAAUUUAGUUAUUAUAUAAACUUAGAUCAAAAUGAUUUAAGUAUACCAAAGCCAUCAGUAUCUAUUUUGCAACAUAAUGAACAAGAUAAAAUAGUUGGAAUAGAUCUAGAUGCUUUAAACACAGAUGAUGCUGAUACACAUCUGUUGAUUUUUCGUGAUGACACUUUAACUGUGCAAAGUUUAGAUGGAAAUAGACUUGAUUUAGAUUCAAUGAACUUGGAUUCAUCAAUUUUACCUAAUAGCAUUGUUGAAAAUAUUGAAGUGGAAUGUGAUCGUAGUUUGUUAGAAGAUAAUAAUAUUAUUUCUCAGGUUCAUAAUUUGGAAGUUAUCGACCAGAAUGGUGUACAAUUUAAUGGAAAUACGAUGAAAAUAUUAGAUGAGCAAACUGAAAUUGAUACAAAGUACAAUGUAUUAAAUAGUCAAUAUAUAUUAAAUGAUAAUAAUAUAAAAAUAUUAAAUACUGGAAAUUUAAAAGUCAUUGAUACAAAUACAGUAUUAGAUGUAAACAAUAUAAAAUUAAUAGAUACUAAUGCAGUAAUAAAUGGUAGUGAGAUUAAGAUGAUAGAAAAGAAUGCUUUAAUACAAUAUGAUAAUGGAAAUAUAUCUAAUUCUGAAAGUGGUUCUAUCCAACCGGCUGUUUCGAUAAAGAGAAAAAGAGAUGACAAAAAUAUGAAUAAAUUAAAUGCUACAGGUCUAAAUAAUUUAAGUUCCAUUGAACCUAGAAAAUCAAAAGCAAAACCAACUAUUAUAAAGAGAUAUCAAAAUUCAUGCGAAGACUUGGACGAAUCUAAUACAAGCCUAUCUUUCAUAAAAUGGUUAGCAUCAAUUACAGAGAGAAUAAAUCAAACAAUGCAUUUUCAAUUUGAUGGAAAACCUGACCCUUUGGUAUUUCAUGUACCACAAAUAUUUUUUGAUUGUUUACGGGAGAGAAUAUCUUGUGGCGGUAAGAAAAAACGUUUACCUAAUUCAACAACAGCCUUUGUCAGAAAAGAUGGAGUACCAUUGGGCACCUUUACUAAAUAUACAUGGCAAAUUACAAAUAUAUUACACGUGAAGAGUAUUUUUGAAACGCCUCUUAUACCUUUAGAAAUAACACGAAGUUUUAUACAAAAUGCAGAUGGUACAUAUGAAUUAUAUAAACGAAAAGAAACUGAUAUCGAUCGGUAUAAAAAAACAAAUAAUAAUGCAUUGAUCAAACCAUUGGAAUUGAAAACUUAUCUAAAAGUUGUUUUCCAAAUAAUAUUUUUAGGUAAUACUUCUCCAAAUCAAGUGGAGCCAACGCCGUUUUUAAUAGAAUGGAUACCGGAUAUUCUACCAAUAUCGAAAAUUGGCGAAUUGAGAAUUCGAUUUGAAUUUGGACACGUUAAAAAUGAAGCUAGCCAAAGAUGGAGAAAGAUAGCAUUAUCGAAAAAUUAUUGAAUAAAAAGUUAAAAUGUCUAUAUAAGUUAAGUAUUUAUUUUAAAGUAUUGUAUUGUUAUUUCUUUGUUAUUGCAAAAUUUUAAGUGUUU